CGCACAAUUUCUGAAAUUUACAGACUUUGAAAUCAUUCCCGAUCAAAAUUUUUAAUUAAUCCAUCCCAUCACCUCUCUCCCUCUCUCUGUAUAUACAUGCAUGUAUAGGUGUCAAUUCAUAUCAUCACCUGCGAUUUCGUUUUGUUUUUUGUGUAUCGAUAGGCGAAGAGAAAAUUAGUGUCUACGCAUUACAGAUUUAUGAAAUUGUGAUGAUGAGAAGAUGUCGAGCACUGAAGAUUCAGAAGAUUAUUCAUAUGGCGGACGUCGAUUUCAAAGGGUGAAGCAGAGGCUAAAAGAUCGAUCCAGGAGAGUCGCCCAAACAAAAGAAAAAACAAAGGAGAUAUUGUCCAAACAAGCUGUGAAGAUAGCCAAACAUGCUGAAGAACAUGAAAGCUUCAUCACCAAGGUAACUCAUUUUUUGGGUGUCUUCGCAUAUGGGGCAUUUUGUUUCAUAUUGGGUGCAAGGCCCCAAGAUGUUCGAUAUAUUUACAUUUUGUUCUACAUCACCUUCGUUCCUCUUCGAUGGAUUUACUAUCGGUAUAAGAAAUGGCACUAUUAUCUUUUGGAUUUCUGCUACUAUGCCAAUACCCUGUGCUUGAUCAUGCUUUUAUUCUUUCCUCGAAAUCAAAAGCUUUUCAUGGUUACCUUCUCAUUUGCAGAGGGACCGCUAGCAUGGGCGUUGAUCAUUUGGCGUUGUAGCUUGGUUUUUAGUUCAGUUGACAAAAUUGUAAGCGUCCUUAUACAUCUUUUACCAGGUGUGGUUUUCUUUACGCUAUGCUGGUGGGACCCGGAAUUCUUCGAAGCCAUGUAUCCAGAGGGACAUGCACAUGCACGAGGAGUUUCAUGGCGUAGUGUAGAAAGCCAAUCGUUCCUGUGUACAUGGCUAUUCACAGUUCCUUUGUUUGCUUAUGGCAUUUGGCAGCUUCUUUAUUUUCUUAUAGUAAAUGUCCUUCGUCGACAGCGCCUCUUAAAGGAUCCUGAAGUCAUGACUUCCUACAGGGGGCUAUCAAAUAAGGCACGUAAAGCAAACAACGUAUGGUGGAGAUUAAGCGGGUGUCUUGGAGACCAAAAUCGCAUGCUAAUGUACAUUCUGCUUCAAGCCAUUUUCACAGUGGCAACAAUGGCGCUCACAGUUCCCAUAUUCCUGUCAUAUGAAUUACACCUUAUUUUCCAGAUACUCAAAGCUUCUGCAGCUGUAUGGAAUGGAGGUCAAUUCUUAUUGGAGGUCAUGCCACGUCAAGUGGUUCUCAAGCAGAAGAAAAAGCUAGAGGUGGCAGCGCCAGUACAAGGAAACUGACACCCACAUCAGCGUGCCACGUCAGCUAGUCUCUAGGUGAUUUACACAAGUCAUCUGCCAUGUCACACGGCAUCCCAUGAUUUAGUUAUCUUCCCCUUACUUAUUCCAAAGUGUAUAUUAUCCAUAUUUAUUGGUGAAUACAUGCUUAAUUAAAUCCUCA